ACUGAUCUGACAGGAAUCGUUAUGAGCAAGAGUCCAGCCAUACUGCUCAUGGCUUGCUCUCUCUCACCAUUCUGUAGCUUAAGCCAAGCUUUUUGCAGGCACAAUCUUUUCCACUACCCCAAAAUGAGAGCCCAGAAGCUCAGAGAUAAUGGUGAGUCUGGAAAUAUUGUUGAUGCAAACAUGAGGGUUUUGAGAGAGAGAAUGAGGCACGUGAAGAAGAAAGAGAUGGCGAUGAGUACAAGAGGGUGGAAUUAUAAGCAAAGUUAUGAUGAUCACCAUAAUAUGCACAAGAGAGAAGCUGUGAUAUCAGAAAUUGCAGAGACGAUGGGUUUGGCUUGUGGUGCAAUUGGACUUGUGUUUCUCAGUGGUUCUCUUUGCAUCUUCCUUGUGUCUUUCCUAAUUUCUCAUCAUGUGUAAAAAUUAAUAAUUUGUAAGUUUAGUACCAAACCUUGUAUGUUUGUUUUGUUUGGAUUUGAAGGAGAAUCAUCUUGAUAUUGUAAAUUCUCAGAAGCCUGUGGAGUCUCAUUGCUUAUAAGGAGGGGGAAAAACAAAAGUAGA